GCGAAAAAGAGUCAUGAUAUCAAUUUAAAAUUCGAUUCCAUCCGCUGUGUCUGACCGCACCGAUCGUCAUUCUGAGAAAAUCGUCUACCAGAGACGGACUUUCGAGUGCGCACAACAGCAGAUUUUGAAAAUCUGUUAUCGAAUACAGUAAUCAUGGUAGCGGUGGAUCUACUGACGGCGGGCGCAAUCGGUGCCAUCAUUUUGCUAAUAUACCACUGGAUAGCGACAAAAUAUGAAUACUUCCUGACGAAGCCGGUGCCCUGCGUCAAGCCAACGUUCGGCUUCGGGAGCAGCGCUCCGACGCUGUUCCGUCGCACGGAUGUGAGCUCCCUCGUCACGGAACUCUACUACGCCUUUCCGGACUCGAAGGUAUCGGGAUUCUACGACUUCAUUCAACCGGUCUACUUGCUGCGUGACCUCGAGAUGAUCAAGAAGAUUGCUGUGAAAGAUUUCGACUACUUCACGGAUCAUGCGCUGGCCGUGAGCUUCCCGGAGGAUGAAAGUGACGGAGGUGGUCUGUUUGGAAACUCGCUGUUUUCACUGCGCGGCCAGAAGUGGAGAGAUAUGCGGGCAACGCUGAGUCCGGCCUUCACGGGGAGUAAAAUGAGACACAUGUUCGAGCUGGUGGCUGAAUGUGGUCGAUCGAUGGUGCAGUUUCUAACCUCGGAGGUGCAAGCGGGAAAGACGCUGGAGUAUGAGAUGAAAGAUAUGUUUUCGCGGUUUGGAAAUGAUGUGAUUGCGACGGUGGCGUUUGGGAUAAAGGUGGACUCGCUGCGCGAGCGUCAGAAUGAAUUUUACGAGAAGGGCAAACAAAUGCUCAAUUUUCAAUCGAUUGGGAUGGUGGUGAGAGUUUUAUUACUGACGAUCAUGCCUGGACUGAUGCAGAAGCUAAAGGUGGAUUUAGUAGACGCCAAUUUGACGGGUUAUUUUAAGAAUAUGAUCACGGAUAACAUGAAACAGCGGGAAGCGCACGGAAUCGUGCGAAACGAUAUGAUCCAAAUGUUGAUGGAGGUUCAAAAAGGCGCACUCAAACAUCAGAAAGACGAAAAGCAAACUAAAGAUGCCGGAUUCGCGACCGUGGAAGAGUCCCACAUCGGGAAAUCAACGCACUCGAGGGUGUGGACCGAGAAUGAGCUCAUAGCCCAAUGUUUCCUGUUUUUCCUGGCAGGUUUCGACACCGUAUCAACCUGCAUGACCUUUUUGACCUAUGAGCUGAUAGUUAAUCCGAACGUUCAGAAGCGUCUGUACGAGGAAGUGGUUAAGACCGACGAAUCACUCAACGGGAAGCCGCUUACUUACGACGCGCUACAGAAGAUGCAGUACAUGGACAUGGUCGUAUCGGAAACCCUACGCCUAUGGCCUCCGGCUGUUGUUUUCGAUCGUUUGUGCGUAAAAGAUUACCGCUACGAUGACGGGAACGGGACGCGUUUUACCAUCGAGAAGGGGCAAAUGUUAAUGAUACCCACAAUCGCCAUACACCGCGAUCCGAAGUAUUAUCCGAAUCCCGAAAAGUUCGAUCCGGAGCGCUUCAGCGAGGAGAACCGAUCGAGUAUCAACACCGGAGCGUAUCUACCGUUUGGUGCGGGUCCCCGAAACUGCAUCGGAUCGCGACUUGCGCUGAUGGAGGUCAAAUCGAUUCUGUACUAUCUGUUGAAGGACUUCAGUCUCGAGCGGACCGAGAAGACCCAAAUUCCGCUGCAGCUGCAAAAGAACAUGUUUGUUCUGCAGGCGGAGAAAGGCGUGUGGUUGGAGCUGAAGCCAAGAAAAUAAUGGUCAU